AUGGGUGCUAACUUGCUCUGUGGUGGCAUUUUACAACUUCAAAAACUGAGAUUCGGUAAGCUCGUCGCCGUCGCCAUCUACCGCCUAACAUUGCACCCGCUUGCGCGAUAUCCCGGACCUCUCCUGUGGAAGCUGUCGGUUUGGCCUACUGUCUUUCUGUGCCGGAGUGGCAAGCGACAUCUUCAGAUCUUUGCAGCUCACAAGAAAUACGGUUCCGUUGUCCGCAUCGGCCCUAAUAUGCUCUCGUUCGAUUCAAGCUCGUCUGUGUCAGCUAUCUACGGCCCAAGACACGGCAACAUGGUCAAGUCUGACUUUCAUCUCACGCUUGACGCAACCAUUUCAACCCCGAGCCUCUUUGCCAUUGUGGAUAAGGAGAAGCACGCCUUCAGACGGCGAGUGAUCAUGCAAGCAUUUACAGAAAAUGCUAUGCUGGAUGCUAGCGAAUUCUACAUUGAGCAUACCAAGGUUCUUGUAAAGGAGCUCCAGCGCAAGGUUCAGGAUGGGUGGGCCAAAGCUAAUAUCGGCGAAUACGCCGUCUGGUGGACGCUAGAUGUUAUGGGUGCUCUUUCCUUGGGCAAGACGUUCAACUGUUUGACAGAGUCAACCUAUCGGCAUGGCAUACCUAUGAUGAGGAAUGGCAUCCGAUACACGUAUUGGGCAGGUCAUUUGCCCUUUAGAAAGGCGAUCGACUACAUGCUUGCAAGCCCGAUUUUGUCGCGUUUUGGUGGCCAAAGUGCACUCGACAACCAGAAUUAUUUCGACUUUUGCGAGCUCGCGAUUCAGGAACGGAUACAGGACGAAACGGAUGCGAUCGCUGCCGGGGUUAAAAUCGAGGAAAGGCGGAAGGACUACAUUCAUCAUCUACUCAAAGCGGUCGAUCCCGAGACAGGAAAUCAACUUUCCUAUAAUGAGUUGAAAUCGGACGCCAGUCUACUCCUCGCCGCCGGCUCCGACACCAUGUCGAACACCAUUGCAGCGUUCAUGUUCUAUAUGGCACGUCACCAGCGGUGCAGAGAUUUGGUUACCACCGAAAUCAGGGAAAAGUUUGCUGAUCCAGCAGAGAUCCGGUAUGGGCCUGUUCUCAGCUCUUGCACCUACCUCGACGCCUGUAUCAAUGAGGUUAUGCGCAUUGCGGUGCCCGCUGCCGUCAGUCCAUCCGAGAGAGUCACUACUGGGGAGGGCAUUGUCGUCGACGGCAACUACUUUCCAGCCGGUAUCACAAUGGGAACGAGUUUUUAUGCUCUCAAUCUUAACGAGGCAGUUCAUCGAGACGCGUUCAAGUUCUGGCCAGAGAGAUGGCUCGUGGAUGAGACUGGCAAGGCCGGCACCUCGAAGGAAGAAGUGCAGAAAACGAACCAGGCAUUCUUUCCCUUCUCCGCAGGCCACCGGCGAUGC